AUGCAAGAACACAAUCAGUCAUCUGUGACCGAAUUCAUCCUCCUGGGUUUCUCUCCCAGUCCCAGGACCACUCCUCUGCUCUUCUCUGCCUUCCUGAUCACCUACCUGUUGAUUAUCCUGGGAAAUGGCUUGAUCACCACCCUUAUCUGCCUGGAUUCACAUCUCCACACACCCAUGUACUUCUUUAUAGGCUUUCUUUCCAUGUUGGAUCUGGGAUACACCACUACAACUGUUCCCCAGAUGUUGGUACAUCUGGCCAGCCAGAAGAAGACCAUUUCAUUUGCCAGCUGUGUGACCCAAAUGUAUAUUUUCUUAGUGCUGGGUAUCACUGAGUCCUGGCUUUUUGCCAUCAUGUCUAUAGACAGAUAUGUGGCCAUCUGUCACCCACUGAGGUACAAAGUCAUCAUGAGUCCAUGCCUAUGUGGGCUAAUGGCCAUCUUCUGUGGUCUCUGGGGAGUCAUUUCUGCUCUUGUCUAUACUUUCUUUGCCAUGCGUCUGCCCUACUGUGGCCCCAACAAGGUUAACCACUUCUUCUGUGAAGUCCCUGCAGUCCUGAAGCUGGCCUGUGCAGACACCUCAGUCAAUGACCGAGUUGACUUCAUUCUUGGCUUUAGUGUCAUCCUGGUCCCACUUUCCAUCAUACUUGUCAUCUACAUCAAUAUUUUCAUUGCUAUUUUAAGGAUUCGUUCAGCUCAGGGGCGACUCAAGGCCUUCUCUACCUGUGUCUCCCAUAUCACUGUCGUCACUAUGUUCUGUGUACCUGCCAUGGUCAUGUACAUGAGGCCUGGCUCUAUGGCCUCCCCGGAAGAGGACAAAAAGCUGGCUCUGUUCUACAAUGUCAUUUCUGCUUUUCUUAACCCCAUCAUCUACAGCCUCCGGAAUAAGGAUGUGAAACAGGCUUUCCUCAAGGUAAUAGGCAGGGGCAGGACCUCAGAAUGA